AUGUCGAUAAAUGCGCUCACCAAAAAAUACAGCUACCAAUCAGAGGCAGACAAGGAAAUUGAAGGUGCGGUCAAAGAUUUUGGCCACCUUGUUCCAGGAAUAGACAAUAUGUCUCCUUCCAUUUCGUUGCCACCAAUUUCAAAGCCAACCGCAUUCCUUAGGGCUAAUACUGAUGAUUCAGUGAACCCAGAUUGCAAGAUUAAAAUUGCACAUGGUACGACUACUCUUGCGUUCAGAUUUAAGGAAGGAAUUAUAGUUGCUGUUGACUCGAGAGCCACUGCUGGAAGUUGGGUGGCUUCUCAAACGGUUAAAAAAGUUAUUGAAAUCAAUCCUAUGCUUUUAGGUACUAUGGCUGGUGGUGCUGCUGACUGCCAAUACUGGGAAACGUGGCUUGGUACUCAGUGUAGACUGCAUGAACUUAGAAAUAAAGAGAGAAUUUCGGUUGCAGCUGCAUCGAAGAUAUUAUCGAAUCUUGUCUACUCGUACAAAGGUAUGGGUCUUUCAAUGGGUACCAUGAUCUGUGGAUAUACACCUAAGGAAGGACCUACUAUCUAUUAUGUGGACUCGGAUGGAACAAGAGUUAAGGGAAAUAUUUUUUCCGUGGGAUCCGGACAAACUUUUGCCUAUGGUGUGAUGGAUGCUAACUACAGAUGGGAUCUUAGUGUUGAUGAAGCAUUAUAUUUGGGAAAAAGAGCAAUUCUUGCUGCCACACACAGAGAUGCAUACUCUGGUGGUUCGAUAAACUUGUAUCACGUCACAGAAAAGGGUUGGGUGUAUCACGGUAACUACAAUGUCGGUCCGCUAUUCUGGGAAAUCAAAGAGAAGGAGGGCUCUUUCAAUAAUGUGAAGAGCUAA